GCUUUUUACGGCAGCGUGGCGUCUCGCUGUUACUUCCCCACGCCGUCGCUACUGGUGCUUGCUUUCCGGCAGCGUAGCCGGAAUGGCGUCUCACUUCAGCGGGGCGCUGCGGCUGGCUGACCUGGAUGAUUAUAUCGGGCCCUCGCAGGAUUGUGUUAAGCCAAUAAAAGUUGAAAAGAAAUCUGGAAAAACAGCAGCCAAGAUCCGAAUUGAAGAUGAUGGGAGCUAUUUUCAAAUCAAUCAGGAUGGAGGAGCACAAAAGCUUGAAAAGGCUAAAAUUACCCUGAAUGAUUGUUUAGCUUGUAGUGGCUGCAUCACAUCCGCAGAAAGCGUGUUAAUCACUCAGCAGAGCCAUGAAGAGCUCUGCAAAGUGUUAAGUUCCAAUAAGACUGCAGCUCCUAAUCAACAGAAGCUAGUUGUAGUUUCCGUUUCACCACAAUCCAGAGCAUCACUAGCUGCAAGAUUUAAGAUGACGCCUCUAGAAACAGCAAAGAAAUUGACAGCAUUCUUAAAAAAUUUAGGUGUGCACUAUGUGUUUGAUACAACUUUCUCAAGAAACUUCAGCUUGUUGGAGAGCCAACGAGAGUUUGUACGACGCUUUCAAAGGCAAACUGAAGAUAAAAAGGCUUUGCCCAUGCUGGCCUCUGCCUGUCCAGGUUGGAUCUGCUAUGCGGAGAAAACUCAUGGAAGUUUUGUUAUUCCUUACAUUAGUACCACUAAGUCCCCACAGCAGGUUAUGGGCUCCUUGAUCAAGGGUCACUUUGCAAAACAGCAGCAUUUUUCACCUGACCAGACCUACCAUGUGACAGUAAUGCCCUGUUAUGACAAAAAACUAGAAGCUUCAAGACCAGACUUCUUCAGCCAAGAGUACCAAACUCGUGAGGUUGACUGUGUAAUUACUACGGGAGAAGUUCUACGAUUGUUAGAACAAAAGGGAGUCUCUCUGUCAGAUGUGGACACGGCUCCUUUGGAUACCAUGUUUAGCAGCGUUUCCGAAGAGGAGCUCCUUGGCCAUUCUGGUGGCGGUUCUGGUGGCUAUUUGGAACACAUAUACAAGUAUGCAGCAAAAGAACUGUUUGGGAUUCAAGUGGAUGAAGUUCAAUACAAACCUUUAAAAAACAAGGAUUUCCAGGAAGUGACACUGGAAAAGGACGGCACAGUCCUGCUGCAGUUUGCCUUGGCUUAUGGAUUUCGAAACCUACAGAACUUAGUGCAAAAACUGAAACGAGGAAAAUCACCGUAUCACUAUGUUGAAGUCAUGGCUUGCCCAUCAGGCUGUUUAAACGGAGGUGGUCAGAUCAGAGCAGAAGGUGAAUCCAGCAAGGAUUUACUUCAGCAAGUUGAGAAGUUGUAUGAAUCUGUUAAGACUGAAAUUCCAGAGAGGAACCGCACGGUAAAAGAACUGUAUGAACAGUGGCUAGGUGGUACAAACUCAGAAAAAGCUGGAACAACGUUGCACACGGCGUACCAUGCAGUGGAGAAAAUGAACACUGGAUUUAAUAUCAAAUGGUGAAGAUGUAUAAUGCACUUGUAUUUCUACAGGGACUGUAAAUCUGUGAGACCAAGAGGUACAUUUACUUGGUGCCCUGUUAAGUCAGCUGUCAUUUUAAAGUCCUCAGAAUCCAGCAUGUGCACUGAAAUUCUAGGAUACCAUGACUGGAAGAACACACUUUAUACACAGAAAAUGUCCUGCAGCUAAAAGAUAAUGUGUAUACACCCUGGUACUGCUAAUGAGUUCCUAUAGCUUCUAAGGCUAUUUAAAUAAAAACAGAUGCUGACUUGG